AUGGCACGUCAACCAACACAAGCCGCUAUGUUUAAGGAUUUGUUGAGAGCUGUGCAAGAUCUUGGUAGGCAGCUAACACAAGUGCCCCCUCAGAAUGUACAAACUAACUCCAAUACAACGAGUUUUGUUGUGGAGCAGUUUCGUCGUUAUAAGCCCCCUACCUUUAACGGGAUGGCUGGUCCUUUGGCAACCGAGGAAUGGAUAAGGAGUUUGGAACGAACCUUCAAGCACCUCAGCUACACUGAUGCCCAAAAGCUUUUAUGUGCGGAGUUCAUGCUAGUGGAUGCAACAGGCCACUGGUGGGAGUCCGCUUCACGCACUAGGAUUGAGACACAACAAAGCAACCUUACUUGGGCAUGUUUCAAGGAAGAUGUGAUGGAAAAAUACUUCCCACAAGCCCUAAGAGAUCGUAAGGAGACGAAAUUUCUACAACUUAAGCAAGGAAAGAUGGCAUUGAUUGACUAUGAGAAGAAGUUUGAACAACUUUCUAGGUACGCGACACAUCUAGUAGAUACAGAGCAAAAGAAAGCCAGAAGGUUCGAACUCGGACGUCGCUCAGAAAUUGGAGGAAUCAUGGCAUCUCAUGAAUUCAUCACGUAUAGUCAGGUUCUACAACGAGUCAUGCAAUUUCAAAUCGAUUAG